AUGUCUACUCCAGUGAUCGGUAUCGCGUUUGGUAACACCUCUUCAUCCAUUGCCUACAUCAACCUGAAGAAUGAUGUUGAUGUUAUUGCCAACCCAGAUGGUGAGCGUGCAAUUCCAUCGGUCCUUUCGUACGUAGGUGAGGACGAAUACCAUGGUGGGCAAGCUUUGCAACAACUGGUGAGGAACUCAAAGAACACAAUUAUCAACUUUCGUGAUUUUAUCGGAGUUCCCUUUAGCAAGUGUGACGUUUCCAGAUGUGAAGGUGGUGCCCCAGCGGUGGAAAUUGACGGGAAGGUAGGUUUCGUCAUUUCUAGAGGCGAAGGUGUCGAAGAAAAACUCACCGUGGAUGAGGUUGUUUCCAGACAUUUGAACAGAUUAAAGCUGGCUGCCGAGGAUUACGUUGGUCAAACUAUCAAGGACACUGUUUUGACUGUUCCAACCGAUUUCACAGUCGAACAAAAGAGUGCCUUGAAGGCAGCCGCCAGCGAAGUCGGCUUGAAUAUUGUUCAAUUUAUCAACGAACCAUCUUCUGCCUUGUUGGCUCAUCUCGAGCAAUUUAGCAUCAACAAGGACGCCAAUGUUGUCGUUGCAGAUUUCGGUGGUGUCAGAUCUGACGCUGCUGUCAUUGCCAUCCGCAGCGGUGUGUUCACUAUUCUAGCAACAACCCAUGACUACAAACUGGGUGGUGAUCGUUUGGACACUGAACUGAUUGAGUAUUUUGCCAAAGAGUUCCAAAAGAAAACCCAAACCAAUCCAAGAAAGAAUGCCAGAUCCCUUGCGAAAUUGAGAGCUAAUGCUAUUCUUACCAAGAAAACCCUUUCUAACGCAACCACCGCGACAAUUUCAAUUGACUCGUUGGCUGACGGUUACGAUUACCAUGCCUCCAUCAACAGAAUGAGAUACGAGCUAACUGCCAACAAAGUGUUUGCGCAGUUCUCUAACUUCAUUGAAUCCGCCAUUGAAAAGGCUGGCUUGGAUAAGUUGGACAUCGAUGCCGUCCUAUUGGCCGGUGGUGUUUCAUUCACCCCUAAAUUGACUUCCAUCUUGGAAGCCUUCUUGCCAGAGUCUGUCGAGAUCUUCGGCCCUCAAAACAAGAAUGCCUCCAACAAUCCAAAUGAACUGAAUGCAUCUGGUGCCGCUCUUCAAGCAAGAUUGGUUGCUGACUACGAUGAAGACGAAUUGAAGGAAGCUCUACAGCCCGUUGUUAUCAACACUAUGCACUUACAGAAGGCUAUCGGCCUACUGAACGCCGAUGGUGAAUUUGUCCCAGUGUUCUUGCCACAAACUUCCUACCCAAUCCAAAAGAAAUUGACCAUUAAACAGGCCACCGGUGACUUGCUGAUUGGAGUAUAUGAAGGUGAAUCCUACAUUGAAGAAAAGACCAUCGAACCUCCUGCAAAGGAGGAAGGCGAAGAUGAUGAGGACAGUGAAGAAUGGUCCGAUGACGAGCCAGAAGUUGUUAGAGAGAAACACUACAAGACAACUGCCAAACUAAUGGAAUUGGGUGUCAAGGCUGUCGAAAAAGGCUUGGAAAUUGUGUUCAACAUCAACAGAGAAGGUCAAUUUAGGGUUUCUGCCAGAGAUCUAAAGACCGGUGCAGUUGUCAAGGGUCAAUUAUAA